UGUACAUAGACGGAACCCUCAGAAACUGGUGUGGUUGGCAUCCCCACUCUGGAUGGGGAGAAGGAGCCAGCAAAGGUCGAAUAAACUUGAACUGCCUGGUGCUCGAGGCUGAUGAGAGGUAGGGUAGCCCUACCCUGCACUCACCAGGCUCCUUACCACCUCCUUCCUGCCUUCCCUCUGAGGAGGAGGGAGGGAAAGGCAUCACUGUAGGAGGAGGGUGUGGAGGGGCCCAGGUGGCCCCAGGCUUCCCAGGUGGGGCCUGUGAUUAGGAAGGAGGAGGACCACCCUCACUGACGGUCAUUUACCCAAUUAUGCUUUGUGGGAUAUUCAACCCAAGGAACAUGCUGCCCCUGGCUGAGCGUAAGAGGAAGCCUAAGUUCUCCAAGGAGGAGCUGGACAUUCUGGUCACAGAGGUGACCCGUCAUGAAGCGGUUCUCUUUGGGAGAGAGACCAUUCGACUGUCCCACGCUGACAGGGACAAGAUUUGGGAAGGCAUAGCUCGGAAAGUCACCUCCGUCAGCCAGGUGCCCCGCUCCAUCAAGGACAUUAAGCACAGAUGGGAUGACAUGAAGCGCAGGACCAAGGACAAGCUGGUCUUCAUGCAGCAGUCACUGUCGGGCCCAGGGAUCGGGGGCCACACCCAUCCCAUCCUCCUCACUGCCCAGGAGAGGGCCAUCAAGUCGGCACUGCUUACUGCCAGGGCUGGACACAGCUUCCCCAGGGCAGAACUGGACGGUACCGACAGCCCUUCUACCAGCUAUGAUGAAGAUGAGGAGGCUCCUGGGCCCUCACAGCAGCCUCUUCGAAUACCCCUACUACAUCCUCCAGAAGAAGAGGCCAAACUGGCCAGCCCCACGCUGCUCUGUUCAUCUUCCUCAGACCAGUCCAGGAUGUUGGGCCCUAAGCCAGAGGUCCUGCCCCAACCCUCACCCCAGGCCCAGGCCUUCAGGACCCCAGAACCACAUCCCAGCUCACCUACCAUGGGCCUAGACUGGCAUCUCCUCCAUGCCCAUGCCCACCAGACUGAAAUGUUCCAGCAGUUCUGCCAGGAGCUGGUGACCGUGCACCAGGACAUGGCCGACAACAUGCAUGUCAUCAGCCAGGCCAUGGCUGAGCUGAACAGCCGUGUUGGUCAGAUGUGUGAGACACUGAUGGAGAUCCGGGAUGCAGUUCAGGCAUCUCAGCGGGGGCAAGAAGGGCCAGCCCCCGUGACCUCUACUUCCCAGACUCAGGCACCCCUGCUGGACCUUACACCAACUGCCCCAGAACCAGCCCCCACACGGACUACCAGGUCUCGAAAGAGAAAGCACAGUUUCUAACUUGGCCAGCUUGCACAUGGAGGAGCGAUGGCUGUGGUGUCUGGCCUUGAGAUGGGGGAAGUCUCCUGGGUCCAGAAACAAGACUGAUGACCCUGGGGGCACAGUCAUCUCCUCACCUGGUGCAGUCCAGCCUCCCGUGCUAUAGCAGAGCACGCCCUCUUAUCUCAGGAAGAUGCUCAAGACACAAGAAGCUUCCUGCUUGAUGCUUGCUUGGCC